UCUGCUCUGCAAAGCAGUGUGAUGAUAUCUGCACAUAUUGGCAGGCAUUCCCAGCCAGGGGUGGGGAUAAGAGGACUCAUUGCAAUGCUGAUGCUGCCAAGGAAACAGAAGGGGGAAAAAUCACAAAGUGUAUGACUUCCCUGGAGUCCAGCUAAAAGGAGAGCUGUAGAAUCCGCAGUAACUACAAACCCUCAGUCCAUCACGAUUCUUCACAGACAAAGCUGCUUCCAUGAACAAAAAUGGAUUCAAGAAUGCUACUAGAGAAGAAAGUACCUAUCCAAAGCAUCUCAGUAGAUGUGGUGAUCCAAGAUUUCAUAGCAAACGUUGUGAUUGAGCUUCAGUACAAGAAUAAAGACACUGUUUCCCUGGAGGUUGUUGUUGAUGUGCGUCUGGACAAGGAUGUUGCUGUCUAUGCCUUUGAAGGCAUCAUGGAUGGAAAAAGAGCUGAAGCCCAGAUCAUGGAAAAGGAGCAGGUAAAGCAAAAGGUAGAAGAAAUCUGGGGAAAAGAUGCUGCCCUCUUUAAAUGGGAUCCAAAUGACAGAGACAUUUUUGGAUGCAUGUUGGGUAGCCUUCCUCCAGAUGGAGAAGCCACACUAAAACUACAUUAUGUCCAGGCUUUGGCUCCGGCACCUGGUGGGGCCACCCAUUUUGUCUUGCCAGUUGUACCAAAUCCUCAUUAUGUACCUCAGGCCUCUGAAGAUGACAGUGCCAUGCAGAGCAUACCAGAAGUUCUUGAGGAGCAACUUUCCUGCCUGUUCAGCCUGAGUACCACAUUGGAUUUUCACUAUGGUAUCUCUCAUGUGGAGUCAAAUUAUACCCUUGCAGGCCUGCAGUACACAACAGAAGACCACACGACUGCCCAGAUUUCCCUGGCAGAAGGGCAUCACUUUGACCAAGAUGUGGAGUUGCUGAUAUAUUAUGAAGAGGAUUUUCAUAAGCCUGUGGCACUGGUAGAACCUGGGAAACCUGGGGUUGAUCCAGGUUCACUGAUGAGAGAGCCAGUGCUUCUGCUUAACUUGUAUCCCAAGGUCUCUGCCCCAAAACCAGGUCUGAAUGCUACUGGUGAAUUCUUGUUCCUGGUGGACUGCUCCAACAACAUGUCUUACAGCACUGGGAGGAACCCAGAUUCUCAAUCUCGUAUUCAGAGUGCUAAGGUGCUACCAGACUGGACCCAAAGGGACCACAAUGGAAACAGUUUUGGACAAGAAAGGAUGACCUGUGGGAAGAGUGUAAAGUACACACAGUGGACCAUGUUGGACUCCCUGCGGCGUGUGAUGUCACUAAAGGCCAAUUUAGGAGAAGCAGAGAUUUUGCAACCACUAAAGGCAAUUUACAGCCAACCAUGCUAUGAGGGAUAUGCUCGCCAGCUCUUCAUAUUCACACAUAGGGAAACAUCUGACAUGGAUGAGGUCAUUGCUGAAGUUCAAACUCACAGCUGCUCCCACAGAUGCUUCACCUUUGGAAUUGGUGAAUGGUCUGCCUUCCAUACACUAAAUGGUAUGGCUGAAGCAGGUCAUGGUUCUGCUGAGUUCAUCCACGAGACAGAGAAAAUGCAGGCCAAGGCAUUACAGUCUAUGAAGAAAUCCAUUGAUCCAGUAAUGAUGGACAUUUCUCUUUGCUGGGAUUUGCCUCCUGGGCUUGAGGCCAAGCUUGUCCAGCCAAUUCCUCAGAUCAUUUACACAGGGGAAUGCUCUCUUAUCUGUGUUCAAAUCUGUGGCCAGCAGCAGGCAAGCAACAUCCCAAUGUAAAGGUGGUAUGUGUGGAGUACAGCAUGAGGGAAAGGGAUAGAAAAAGGGCCUCAGCUAGCUGAGUGCAUGUGGGCUGGCAAUACCUUUCUGGGAUGUGAUAUUAGCCUUAAGGAUUUUGGACUCUGAGCUGCCCCUUCAUCCCUGUGCUAAUGACUGAAAUUUCUGCACAGACUGUUGCUGCUCUUCAACUAUAUUUUCUCAAUUUUAACUCAGACAGCUAUAGUACUUUCUAGAAACUUGGGUUUCUAUCAUCUUCAAUAUGUCUGCUGUGUUUUCUGCCUCCAGUUGCCUUACCUCUAUGUGGAUGUGCUGUCCACAGCUGCUUCCCUGGCAGAGCUAAAGGGGAAUGUAGACAUCUAAAUAGUCUAUCAAAAAGGAUAUUUGUGCACUACUCUGGAGAUUAUGAAUUGGAGUUACAAAUGAAGUCAUGAUGACCUCUAUAAAUUACCCACAAGUGGUGAAUGAAAUCUGAUUCUAAAAGCCUGUGAUCUCCUGAAACUAUACAUUUCUAAUUUUCUGUACUUUGUUUUAACAAUGGGAUUCUACAAGACUGCAUCUCAGUUUCUUACCAGAGAGUUAAACAACAGAGUGUCCAGAUAAUCUCCACCUUCACACUUUCUUGUGUGAUGCAACUUAGGUUUUUCCCAGAUACACUGAGAGAGAAUUCUUCUAGCAUUCCUACAAUAUGCCUCUGGUUUUUUCCCCGCUCUUUACAAAACAAAACCUUCCUUUUCAGAUGUGACAGUUUUCACUUGCACAAUGUAUUGGAAUAGCUACAGUAUGAUGGAUAUAGAAUCUGGGGGAAGCAUUGAAUCUGAUCUCUCCAAUACACUCCCCAAACAUGAUGCUACAAUUUACAUUACAGGCAUUUCCAGUUAACAGUAGGGAGGGUCAUUCAAUCAGAUUUUCUGAGGACAUCUUUCUGUUUUUACAGUGCAUUUGCUUCACUCAGUUUUCUUGAGGCUAUCUGUUUAAUAAAAUCAAUAUGAAUCAGUGUGAAUUGUUAUUAUACGUGAACUCACUUUCAUAAUGUACCCAAAAUCUAUGAGGGUGUAGGA